AUGUUGUUGUUCGUAUUUUUAGUUUUUCUUAUUUUGCUGUACUCUAAGAAGAAGAAGAAGAAGAAUGACAAGAAGAGGUUGUUGGUGACUGUCAAUUUUCUUGGUAGCGUAGGGCCUAUAAGGUUUUUGGCUAAUGAGGAUGAUGAUGUUGCCGCUGUCAUCGACGCCGCCUUGAAAUCCUAUGCCCGCGGAGGCCGCCUCCCAGUUCUCGGUCUCGACCCAAACAACUUCCUUCUCUACUGUGCUAACACUGGUUCGGACGUUUUGAACCCAUGGGAGAAAAUUGGAUCACAAGAGGUGAGGAACUUUGUGCUGUGCAAGAAGCAAUUGCAAGGGGGCAUGACAGAAGGAAGAUCAGAGAUGAUGAUAACUCAGAAAGGAAGUGGAUGGAAGGCAUGGCUCAACAAGUCUUUUAGUUUCAAGAGCUUAUCAGCUCAUUGA